AACAGCUUCUGGAAACACAGAUUAAGAUCACCGAUACCCUCUCUUCAUUACUCUCAGAGUUUAAACUGAGUGAGGAUUAAUAAAACAAUGAGGGACUGUUUCUAUAUUUCUCUUCUUAUGCUUCACAUCAGUGCAGGCUGUAAUCUUUCAAAUGAUCAGAAGACAAUAGAAAUAACAGGAUACACAGGUGGUUCAGUCCUGUUGCCCUGCUCCUGUGAUGACCCAAAGUCUACAGUUAAAACAUUUACAUGGGAGAUUGUACACAAAUGGAUGAAUGUAUUUGAACAUAAGAAAUACACAGGCAGACUUGAGCUAUUUAAUCAAACAUCUCCAGCAAAUCUGUCCCUUCUUAUUUCUGACCUCAGAGAGGAAGAUAAAGGAAUCUAUAGUUGUAAACCACAUAGAUCAUCACACAGUUUUACAGAGGUUUCCUUAACAGUUAAAGGAUGUGAAUUGAAUCACUCUCUGCAUGAACUGACAGUUGAUGUAACUGGAUAUUUAGGAGAGUCUGUAGUUCUGCCCUGCUUCUGUACUGAACCACUGGCUAAACCUGACCAGAUAACAUGGAAGUUAGUAAAAAAUUAUGAAGAAAUUUACCCAUCUGAACACAAUGAGAGGUACAAGAACAGAUGUAAACUUUUAAAUCAAACCAAUCCAGGAAAUCUCUCUCUACAUCUCUCAUCACUGACCAAAGAAGACCAAGGAUACUAUGAGUGUUCUGUGUCUAACAGGUUUAUCUUCAUCAGACUAGAUGUUAAAGAGAAACCACAGGUCCAUACAAUCUAUUCAUCAACACAUCAACCUUCACAACAAACACACAAGCUUAUAACAACUCAACAACCAGAAGACAGAAUAACACAUCAACCACAAGACAUACAUCUGUGUUUGAAAGAAGACGCCUGAUUACCCUGAACAUUUUCUCUGGACCCUCAAGAAAAUUCUACAGGCCACAUUUUGAUGUUUUUAUUAAGUUCUGAAUUUGCGGUUGUAAGAGCAGUUACAGUAUAUUAUUAAAGCAUGUAACGGUGUUCUCAAUAAAUGAACA